CCCUGUUAGCGGCGCGGCCGGAAGUGGCUGCUGCGAGCCCUUUGAACCGGGAAGCGCUUGCAGGCGGCCUGGGCGGACGCGGUUUGAAUGAAAUCCGGCUGAAUCACGGCGGCCUGGGCGGAGGCGGCGCGGCCGGAGCGGGGCCCGCGCGCAGGAAAGAGACUUAAAGACAUCAUCUUUGUAACCAAAAGGUGGAAGCUGCUGCUGAGUUUGUUCUGGGAUCACCUCUAGCUGCGUGCCAGAAAUAUGGAUAGACUUCUACGACUUGGAGGAGGUAUGCCUGGGCUGGGACAGGGGCCACCUACAGAUGCUCCUGCAGUGGAUACAGCAGAGCAGGUUUAUAUCUCUUCUCUUGCACUGCUAAAGAUGUUGAAACAUGGUCGUGCUGGUGUCCCUAUGGAAGUUAUGGGUCUGAUGCUCGGGGAGUUUGUUGAUGAUUACACUGUGAGAGUGAUUGAUGUUUUUGCUAUGCCACAGUCUGGGACGGGUGUCAGCGUAGAGGCAGUUGAUCCCGUAUUUCAAGCCAAAAUGUUGGACAUGCUGAAACAGACAGGAAGACCUGAGAUGGUGGUUGGUUGGUAUCAUAGUCACCCUGGCUUUGGCUGUUGGUUGUCUGGUGUAGAUAUCAAUACUCAGCAGAGUUUUGAAGCCUUAUCGGAAAGAGCUGUUGCUGUGGUGGUGGAUCCCAUUCAGAGUGUAAAAGGAAAGGUUGUUAUUGAUGCCUUCAGAUUGAUCAAUGCUAAUAUGAUGGUCUUGGGACAUGAACCAAGACAAACAACUUCAAAUCUGGGUCAUUUAAACAAGCCAUCUAUCCAGGCACUAAUUCAUGGACUAAACAGACAUUACUAUUCCAUCACCAUCAACUACAGGAAGAAUGAACUAGAACAGAAGAUGUUGCUAAAUUUGCAUAAGAAGAGCUGGAUGGAAGGUUUGACACUCCAGGAUUACAGCGAACAUUGCAAACUCAAUGAAACAGUAGUGAAGGAGAUGUUGGAAUUAGCUAAGAAUUAUAACAAGGCUGUUGAAGAAGAAGAUAAGAUGACACCUGAACAGCUGGCAAUAAAAAAUGUUGGCAAGCAGGACCCCAAACGUCAUUUAGAAGAGCAUGUGGAUGUGCUGAUGACCUCAAACAUUGUCCAGUGUUUAGCUGCUAUGUUGGAUACAGUUGUAUUUAAAUAACCAAUUUACUGUUUGUGAUGUUUUCUGUGUAUAUUUGUUUAUUGUUUUGAAUACUUACAAACCGGAGACUGUUGAAGCUGUAUUUGAUUAAACGGAGACAUCUGACUUCAUUUGCAAUGUAAGUGCAGCUCAAUAACACCUUCAGUCUCUAAUUGUGCCGUUGCUUCAGUUUCUUUAUGUCAGGGUCUUUACAGAUUCCAAAGCAAUUCAAGAACACGUCGUAGGCAAAAUGUAUUACACUUUCAUUUAAUAUGGGGCAGGGGGAGGGAGAAAUCAGUAGUACAUAUAUAUUUUGAUUGUUGCAACAUAAUAAAAAUACAUUUACAAACCUG